CAGAUCACCCGCUGUGGAUCUUUGAGAUGCUCAAAAACAAGCUGACAGGUGAUUCUCAGUAUUCAGACCUACCAGUGUGUUAGGACUCGUCCCUCUCGUCAUCACUGGGCAGCCCAUGCACAUGCACGACACCAUGGGUAGCUCCCCCGAGGUGCUCUCGUGGACUUCCUGCCCUAGUCUGCUGGUGGGCAAGCUGAAGGAGGAGCUUAAACUCACUGUGGUUGGGGACGCCAUGAAGAAAUCGAACUCGCCCAACUCCCAACCCCAGCCUCCUCAGGCCCCUCUCUCUAGCUUACCUCCUCAGAUCAUCACGGACCUUGCCCCGCCGACACACCUGCCCGUUCCCCUGCAGACGCUGCAGACGCCCGGCCAGGACGAGGACUCUGUGUUGGGGGGCGUUAGCCCAGCAAACACGGCCUUGAGCGUGGACUCGACACGGAGCGAAGGCGGACACUUUGACAACAGCGUGCUGCAGCUGCAGGAACACGAGCACGAGGAAGCCGGGUCGCCGGCGUCCUGUGAGCAUGGCGGGUGUGGCAGUGGCAUGGAAGAGCAGACCGGAGAAGGAGACUGUCCCGUGGACCACAACGGAGAGGGGAGACCGAGCCACCCGCAUCACCCUGAUGACAUCAAGCUGCACUUCCAAAGAGCAGGGCCGGGGUCGGGGGGCUUCUUAGAGGGGCUGUUUGGCUGUCUUCGGCCUGUCUGGAACAUCAUAGGGAAGACGUACUCAACCGAAUACAAGCUACAGCAGCAAGACAUGUGGGAGGUUCCGUUUGAGGAGAUUUCAGAGUUGCAGUGGCUGGGCAGCGGAGCACAGGGAGCUGUCUUCUUGGGAAAGUUCCGCUCCGAGGAGGUUGCCAUUAAGAAAGUGCGAGAGCAGAAGGAGACGGACAUUAAACACCUGCGAAAACUGAAGCAUCCCAAUAUCAUCAGCUUCAAGGGUGUGUGCACCCAGGCACCUUGCUACUGCAUCAUCAUGGAGUACUGUGCCCAGGGCCAGCUGUAUGAGGUGCUGAGGGCGGGGAGGAAAGUGACCCCCAGACUCCUGGUGGACUGGGCCUCGGGCAUCGCCAGCGGCAUGAACUACCUACACCUUCACAAGAUCAUCCACAGAGACCUCAAGUCUCCCAAUGUUUUGGUUACCCACAACGACACUGUGAAAAUCUCCGACUUUGGAACGUCCAAAGAGCUCAGUGACAAAAGUACAAAGAUGUCCUUUGCGGGAACGGUGGCAUGGAUGGCCCCAGAAGUGAUAAGAAAUGAGCCCGUGUCUGAAAAAGUGGACAUCUGGUCAUUUGGAGUUGUUUUAUGGGAACUGCUCACCGGAGAGAUUCCCUACAAAGACGUGGACUCCUCUGCCAUCAUUUGGGGUGUUGGUAGCAACAGUCUUCACCUUCCUGUCCCCUCCACCUGCCCAGAUGGGUUUAAAAUCCUUAUGAAGCAAACAUGGCAAGGCAAGCCCAGGAAUCGGCCGUCGUUUCGUCAGAUUCUUCUACACCUCGACAUCGCCUCUGCUGAUGUUCUAGGAGCUCCUCAGGAGACCUACUUCAAGUCUCAGGCAGAAUGGAGGGAGGAAGUAAAGAAGCAUUUUGAGAAGAUCAAAAGCGAAGGCACCUGCAUCCACCGGCUGGACGAGGAGCUGAUCAGACGCAGGAGGGAUGAACUCAGGCAUGCGCUGGACAUCAGGGAGCACUACGAGAGGAAACUGGAGAGAGCCAACAACCUCUACAUGGAGCUCAGUGCCAUCAUGCUGCAGCUGGAGGUCCGAGAGAAGGAACUGAUGAAGAGAGAACAGGCAGUGGAGAAGAAAUAUCCCGGGACCUACAAGCGCCACCUGGUCCGACCCAUUGUCAGGUCCAACGCUGUGGAGAAGCUCAUCAAGAAGAAAGGAAGCAUUUCGCAUAAACCCGGGAUGCCCCCCACUAAAAGGCCAGACUUGCUUCGCUCUGAUGGCAUCCCCAGCGUUGACCCUCUCCCCUCCCCCUCACCACUGUCUGCCAGCCCAAAGGUCUCCACGCCUCCUGGCAAAGCCCGCUACCGAAGCAAGCCUCGUCACCGCCGCGCCAACAGCAAAGGCAGCCACAGCGAGUUCUCCGCCGUGCUGAAGCCUGUCACUGGGGCACCGGAGGAAACCCAGUCUCUCCAGGAGCAGACAUUCCACCAUCACCACCAUCACCACCACCACCUCCCACCCACCGAGGGGCCCUUCCUGCCCUUGAAAGGCCGCGAGGAGGCCGUUGUCAACUGUGCCAACAACCUGCGCUACUUUGGCCCCGCCGCCGCCCUCCGUAGUCCCCAGACUGACCACAUGCAGCGCCGCGUUUCUGGCUCCAGCCCUGACCUCAUUUCCACUGCUAUGGAUGCAGACACACGACAGCGGACUUCAUCCACCAGCUCCAAUCCUGUACCCGGUGCUGGUGCUGGUUCUUUAUGUCCCUGCUGCCAGGCUCACCCCUUCCCCGGCUGCCUACACUGUCAGGAGACCCCUCCCGCAUCAAACCACCCGGAGUUGCCGCAUUACUCGCUGCUCAACACCCAAGAAAGCACCCAGUCUUCUUCAGGGGCACCCAACAAAGAUACAACCUCGGAUGGAGAGGCCACAAAGAAGGCUGAGCCACAGGAACAGGAUGCGUCCCAACAAACACACACUCUGCCCACUGCACUGCCCCGCACUCUCAGGCCGCUCAGGAAGGGUGGUGAUGAGUCAUCUGAAGAGGAAGAGGGAGAGGUGGAUAGUGAAGUGGAGUUUCCAAGGAGACAGAGACCUCAUCGCUGUAUGAGCAGCUUCCAGUCGUACUCCACCUUCAGCUCAGAGAACCUGUCAGUGUCUGACGGGGAGGAGGGAAACACCAGCGACCACUCGCACAGCGGACCCCUGGAGAGGAUGAGCGCCAGCCAGGAGGAGCACCUGGAUGAGCUGCUGUCGCACACACCAGACAUCCCCAUUGACAUCUCCACCCAGUCGGACGGCCUCUCUGACAAGGAGUGUGCCGUCCGCAGGGUAAAGACACAGAUCUCACUGGGAAAACUGUGCUCUGAUGAACACAGCUACGAGAACCCGCUCCAGUUCGGCGACUCAGACUGUGACACGUCAGAAGCGGAGUGCUCCGACGCCACCAUUAGAAACAACAAAGUCGGGGCUCCUUCCUCGUGGUGAAACUCGCCCCAGGGCUCGGCUCUGUUUUUGCCUGGAGCGCCAUCAUGUUCCACUCUGCGCCGCAGAAAAUACAGCAAUAAGAGGACACCAUUGUAAACAAAGCUCCCUAUAGCAAAAGCCCCAUGUAAUCUGUCCCAGAAAC